GGGACGCCCUGCUGGACGCCGGCGAAUCUAUGAAGCGCCUGGCCGAAGUGAAGGAUUCUCUGGACAUCGAGGUCAAGCAGAACUUCAUCGAUCCCCUUCAGAAUUUGUGCGACAAGGACUUGAAAGAGAUCCAGCACCACCUGAAAAAGUUAGAAGGGCGACGUUUGGAUUUUGACUACAAAAAGAAACGCCAAGGGAAAAUUCCCGACGAAGAAUUGCGACAAGCUUUGGAGAAGUUUGAAGAGUCUAAGGAAGUGGCCGAGACGAGUAUGCACAAUCUUCUCGAGACCGACAGUGCGAGACACUUCAUCACGCCCCAAACGAGAAUAUAAACCGAAGCCCAGGGAAACCUACGAUUUUGGAGAGACUGUGGAUCAGUCCAACGGUGGAUUUUCUUGCAACCAGGCGCCCAAAGUCUCCGCUUCUUCUUCCUUCCGAUCCGAAAAGCCAUCUCGGACCCCCAGCAGGAUAUUUUCCCCCCACCUGGACCAGCCCUGCUGCAAGGCGCUGUACGACUUCGAGCCGGAGAACGACGGCGAGCUGGGCUUCAAAGAAGGCGACAUCAUCACGCUGACCAACCAAAUCGACGAGAACUGGUACGAGGGCAUGAUCCACGGCCAGUCCGGCUUCUUCCCUCUCAACUACGUGGAAGUCCUCGUCCCGCUACCUCAGUGAAACGGCUGCCGGCCUUCUCUCCGUGGCUCUUCCGUCCUCCUUCCUCCUCCUCCUCUUCCUCCCUUCCCGGCUGGCCAACGCAACAGCUGGGGAUGGAGAUGUUCCUUCCUUACAUUCCAGGGAUGAGAGGGGCAGGGGGAUCUAUCUGACACUAAUUUUCCCCCUUCGGGGUUGGGUGGGAAGCUUGUUGGAAAAGGUGCCAAGGGCCGGUUCCGGAGGCUGUAGUCAAGCCGGGCGGCUAAACCCCUUUGGGGGGGGGGGGAUGUGGUGGGCUUUAGGGUCUAAGAAGCACAAAGUGGCGGUAAGCUGCUACCGUUGGGUAUAAGGAGCUCUCUUCUCCAUGUUGGUUCAGCUACGUCCUCCUUUUGGACCAUCUCCAGGACCAUCAAGGAAGAUGGUGGCUUGUUUAGAGAAUAGAGGUCUGUGGGGAUUGUGUGUUCUCU